CUUUGGGUCUUUCCCAUUUUCCUUCUUCAGAAAGCAAACAUCCUGCAAUUCCCUUGUCUGUAACCUCUCCCACUGUCCUCCCUCUCUCACUCUCCCAACGUCCCAACCUCUCACCCCAACACCUUUCUCCCCGCCCAACCGUCCCUCCCAGGGUGACAAUCCUAUCCCUCUACCUAGCAGCCACCGCCACCACCACACACCCCGCAGCGUUACUAGCAGCAGCGCUGCGCAUGCGAAGGGGCGGUCUGGAGUGGGACAGAGCAGCAGCCGAUGCAGCAGAGGUGGUGCGGAGACUUAGAGCUGGAGAGCCUGUGGAUUCAGAGCUGCUGCUUGGGAGUGGGGAAGAGGAUGGGGGGAAGAAGGGCAGCAGGGGCAAGAGGAGGACUAAGGGGAAGGGGAAGGGGAGGCAGGAGGAGGGUGCGAGGGAUGGGGAUGAUGGGGAAGGGGAGGGAGUGGGGGAUGGUGAAGGGGAGGAGAGGGGAGCGAGGGAGCGGAGAGCGGAGGAGAGGAGGUUGGUCAAGGAAGCUCAAGAGCUACUACCCAGGGCGCUGCGCUGUGUGCUGCAGAUGACCCAUCCAGCAGAGCUCUCCCGUCACGCACACGCACAGCUCGGCAUCUCUCUUCCCGAGCCCGUCCUGGUAACGCGAGCCAGCACCUGUGAAGCAGCGCAGCUGCUGUACCGCUCUAUGUCCGGCCGCCAGGUGAAGGACCCGCUCUCCCUCGAAUACCUUCUCACCACCACAGGGCUUUCCGCUGAGGGUGAGGAUGAGGACGAGGGGGGUGUGAGGGGUCUGGGGCGGAAUAAGCAGGCGGGGGGCUGGCACAAGGAGCAGCAGAGGCGGCGGGAUGACUGGGGGCCCGGGCAGGUUUCAGCAGAGGUGCUGGAUGAGGCGGAGAUGUUAGUUUCGUGGGUGGUUAUCAAUUCAGUGCCCUCGAUUGUCUAG